AUGUCUGGAGAGUGUCAGAACCUAACAUCUUCUCCCGAACAGCGGUCGCCCGAAGAUUUGUCGGUUACCCAGACUCCAUCCUGCAGGUAUUCCUGGAGCUUAUCCUCUCCAGAGAGCCGUGAAUCUAGCUGCAAAGAAUUCUUGGUGCCUUCGCUCCAACACUUUCCCGGAGAGACGGGCGCUAGUGCCUAG